CCUUAUCUUGAUAUCAUGCAUGAUUGCUCAACGAUUGUUCUCAGAAUGACAUACAUAUUGGUAUAAAAAUGGCACCUCACCUCUUGACCACAUCAUUCUGUGCUCAGUGCUCCGAGUAGAACUAGAACCUCAAAAAUGCGCGUCUUUGUCGUCUUGUGCCUUGUGGCCGUUGCCUGCGCCGAUAAACUUGGCUACAACUACCAGCCGGUAGGACACKCCYCMUCAGGACUUUCGUUCAGGCCUGGCAGCGGAAGUGGAAAUAUUGGAAGCAUCGGCGGCAGURGCUCACUUAGUGGCUUGAUCGACGGCAACCAGGGAGGACGCGGCGGUGGUUUAAUCGGUGGCUUGUCGGGCAGCGGCCUGGCCGGACUUGGCGGAUUGGAUUCUGGUCUCGGCGGUGACAACAUUGGUCUGGGCUCCAACCUUGGCGGCCUAAGCGGCCUCGGUGGCCUCGGUGGCCUCGGCGGCCUACAAGUGCCAGCAGAUGGUCCAGUCAAUUACAACGCCCCUGCCCCAGCUCCUGAAUUGCAGAAGGAGUUCUUCACCUACACCGCCAACGAACAGGACUUCGAUGAGCCACAAGCAUUGGAGAAGGUCUCCAGCUCUCUGAAUAAAGCUCUGCGUGUUGUCUUCAUCAAGGGACCCGAGAACCGUGGUCUGGAGAACGCUGCUCUGGCUCUGGCUAAGCAGGCCGCCCAGCAGGAGACCGCCAUCUAUGUUCUGAACAAGCAGGCCGACAUCGGAGAUCUGGCCAACAAACUGAAUGCCAUCCGCAGCAACACCAACAACAAGCCCGAGGUGCACUUCGUCAAAUACCGCACUCCCGAAGAUGCUAUUAAUGCCCAACGCGCUAUUCAGGGCCAAUACGAUCAGCUGGGCGGUGUUUCCACUCACCAGAAUGUAGGCGUCGCACCUGUCCUAAACUUUGCUUCCAAGACACCCGUUCCAGACAUACCAGCUGUGCAAGAGCCCGCUAACACGUACCUCCCCGCAUCGCUGCUGCGUAGCCGGGCUUAGGAGUGGACUUGAGCAAAACCAUCCCAGCCCCCAGACUGACCAUAACUGAUUCCCACGCAUAUGUUA